UCCUGUUCAUGUAAUCCAUUGCUGCACGUAUACAAGUUUUUAACAUUUGCGCUCGAGUAGAUUCGGAGAGUGUUUUAGAUAUUUUUUUCUGGAUAUCUGCUGUAUGUACCUCAUAUUUUAAAUUGACGUGCAGUUAUGGAAUGUCUCUGAGCAGGUCUUGGCACAUAACAAUUGAUGAACAGAAAGGAGGGAAUGCAGGUCUGACCAUAAACCUGUGCAUUUCACGAACACAACUAUGGCAGAAAACCCAGCUUUCCAACAGCGACCCAGCCCCGUUGACAUUGUCAUACAAGAAACAGGAGCUUAAUUUGUACGAGAAUGGGGGUGUAGUGAAACCUGAAGAGGGCAGCGAGUACACGAAGCAGACCAAAAAACUCCGACGGGUAUUAAAGUGGUAUUUCUAUGCCGCCCUCAAGUUCAAGAACAAAACGUGCUUCAUUCACGUCGUCUAUCUCGCAAUAUUCUUCACACAAGUGGUCAAGGUUGCCCUCAUCACCACGCAGAUGUUCAGUUUCGGCCAUGACAGAGGCAACUUCAGCUCCACGGUGAACAGAGGUCACCUUGCCUUGAGGCACCUACUUCUGAAAGGCUGGGACGCAAGUUGGGAGACGUUACCAUACCCUCCGGCCCAAGGGGAUUUUGCCCUCUAUAUUGUAGAGGACCUGACGGAGGCCAUAGACUUUGCUGUCGAAAGGUACUUUAACGCGGAGAAGGAUGCAAUCGGGUUCUAUGUCCGACUGCCGAUGGACGACAUGGUGGCUCAGAUUAAGUACUUCGAUUUCCCGGGGUUCUCAGACGACAAGGUCAAGUCGGGCAUCGACAUUCACACGAAAACAUUUCCGAUAAAGCACGGCUUAAGUGAAACCAUUGACCCCAAGACCAAGGAAGUCUCGUAUAAUUAUAGCAUCUCGCGAGAGUUCGAGUUCCUGAAACUCACUCAACCAAUUAAGAAGAUGCUGUUGACGACCUUGACGUUUCAACUACACUCCGUCCGAGUCUAUGAGAAAGACGCAAAAGCACGCUGUUUGCGAAUUAAAGGCGAUAUAUCUUUCCAAGACUUGGACAACAACGGCCAGGUGAACGUUGAUUUGGAGACGCUGACGUCCCGCAUCAAAUGUGCCGACAUGAACUUCGCGUCCUUACCCGACCUAGCCUUGGACAAUACUUCUAACGCGGUGGCCGUUGCCGUAAUUGCUUUCUCAGUGAUAUCAGUGUUGCUGACACUAGCGAGCAUGAUUUGCGGGAUUGUUCUUUUUCUUCGCACCAAAGGGUAUAUGAAGGUAUAUUACCAGAAGUUCUACAAUCCACUAGCGAAUGGUGAAAGCGACCUUCCAUGGCGGGAAUAUACAAAGUUCUUCAAGCCUUGGGAUCUUCUUGUGAUCAUUGGCGAUGGUCUAACCUUGUUCGGAACAGUGUGGAUCAGGUUUAUUGGAGAGUCGAUUAAUUGGGUGUUGGCGACCCUGGACUCGUACACAGUGUGGCUGGGCAUAGGCUGUCUCCUCGCCUGGGUCUCACUCCUCCGCUUCUUCAAGUUCCACAACAAGUUCCACUUGCUGUUCAGCACGCUGUACCGGGCAUUCUGGGACGUGAUGGCCUAUCUGUUGUGUAUCACUGUCCUCUUUAUGGGCUUCUGGGUCUGCGGCUUCGUCGUCAUGGGACCUUACCAUGUGAAGUUCCAAACUCCAGAAGCAGCCAUGGAAACAUUAUUUGCCAUUGUUAAUGGCGAUGAAAUAUUCGCUACCAUGGCCAUUCUAGAGUCGAAGAAGUCUGGGGAUAGUAUCAUAUUCUGGUUUUCGAGGUUCUAUAUUGGUCUGUACGUGGCCAUAUUCACAGUCGUUGUCAUCAACCUACUGAUUGCAAUAUUCAUGAGUGCCUACGAGGAAAUAACAGAAUACUACAAAACUGCCCCAGAAGAACGGGAUCUCGGGCCAAUGGAACAAGCUUUGAGAAAGUUCCUACGGACGAACACAGAACGAAACAGCCUGCGCUCAUCGAUAUAUGAUCUCUUGAACGAUGAAGGCAGUCAUAGCACGGCAGAGAUGCCCCUGAAAAGAGAGUUGUCCAAACUGGUGAGAAUAUCGGAAUCGAAGAAAGACGUGGUGUUAUUUAGACCCACGACUCUAAAGGCGUUCAUGGAGGACGAAGAAGAUGUUGGGUUAGCCAUGGACUGUGGCUGCUUUAAGUGUGUGCUUGUCCUGCUCGGCAGUACGAAAGUCAAUUACCGAAUUUAAGAAUUGAAAACGUUGGCGAUUUCCCCCAAAUAGAUUGUUCACAUAGAUAAUUACUUCCUUGUUAUGAUUCCAAUUCACCACACAAGAGCUCUUUCAGUGCUGAUGAUGAUAUUUAUCUUGAGGAAGAUGUGAACAAAAUUGUCCUUUUAUGAAAAACUAUAUCUAUGUUAUGCUGCACUCUCACAUGUUGAACAUUUUGACAUUGUUGUAGUGUUUGUCUCAGAAUCAGCUGAUUCUUAUUUCAAUGUGUUCAAUACAGUCAUAAUUAGAAGAUAACUGACAAUAGAAUGGAUGGAAAACUGCCGAUAACAUCAUUUUUUUAAAGCGUUAGUAACGUUUUUAGUCACUAAACAUAAAUCUUAAUAUGAAAUA